ACCCGAUCCCGAAGAUGGCUAACAAGGUUAUCAAGUGCAAGGCUGCAGUUGCCUGGGAGGCAGGAAAGCCUCUCUCCAUAGAGGAAAUAGAGGUCGCACCCCCAAAGGCUCAUGAAGUUCGAAUUAAGAUCUUCGCCACUGCAGUUUGCCACACCGAUGCCUAUACCUUGAGUGGAGCCGAUCCUGAGGGGUGUUUUCCAGUGAUCUUGGGACAUGAAGGUGCUGGAAUUGUGGAAAGUGUUGGCGAAGGAGUUACUAACCUGAAGGCAGGUGAUACUGUCAUCCCACUUUACAUCCCACAGUGUGGAGAGUGCAAGUUUUGUCUUAAUCCUAAAACAAAUCUUUGCCAGAAAAUAAGAGUCACUCAAGGAAAAGGCUUAAUGCCAGAUGGUACUAGCAGAUUUACUUGCAAAGGAAAGACAAUUUUGCAUUACAUGGGAACCAGCACAUUUUCUGAAUACACGGUUGUGGCUGAUAUCUCUGUUGCUAAAAUAGACCCUUCAGCGCCUUUGGAUAAAGUCUGCCUUCUGGGUUGUGGCAUUUCUACUGGUUAUGGUGCUGCAUUAAACACUGCCAAGGUGGAGCCUGGCUCCACUUGUGCUGUCUUUGGCCUGGGAGGAGUUGGAUUGGCAGCCAUCAUGGGCUGUAAAGCGGCUGGUGCAUCCCGGAUCAUUGCCGUGGACAUCAAUAAAGAUAAGUUUGCAAGGGCCAAAGAGUUUGGUGCCACUGAGUGUAUUAACCCUCAAGACUUCAGUAAACCCAUCCAGGAAGUACUCGUUGAGAAGACCGACGGAGGAGUGGACUAUUCCUUUGAGUGUAUUGGCAAUGUGAAGGUCAUGAGAGCAGCACUUGAGGCGUGCCACAAAGGCUGGGGCGUCAGCGUGGUGGUUGGAGUAGCUGGUGCAGGUGAAGAAAUUUCCACUCGUCCAUUCCAGCUGGUGACAGGCCGCACAUGGAAAGGCACUGCCUUUGGAGGAUGGAAGAGUGUGGAAAGUGUCCCAAAGUUGGUGUCUGAAUAUAUGUCCAAGAAGAUAAAAGUUGAUGAAUUUGUCACUAACACGCUGUCUUUUGACCAAAUUAAUGAAGCCUUUGAGCUGAUGCACUCAGGGAAGAGCAUUCGAACUGUUGUAAAGAUUUAAAUUCUCAUGGAGAACAAGUCCAUCCUGUACCUUCCUUCUUGUCUGAUGGGAGCAGCCUGAUGCACAGGACAAAGAUCCUCCACGCUCACACCUCUUACAUCUUCACUAGUACCCCAGGGAACAGUGUUGUGCCACACAAAUCAUGGUCUCCUUCACAUGUACAGUUGCUGGCUCACUAAGCAAUUUUCUAACAAAAUAAAACUAAUC